GAAUUAACAAACUUGUGGGGUUAAUAUGCGAAUUUCGGAAUUAACCCCGAAAUUUAAUCAAACGCGUCCUCCUCCUCCUCCUCGACAAGUUCGAGCUUCUCCCUCUUUGCUCGCGCUAAGCAGCCAACCGGCGACGACAUCCCGCCACCGCCACCGCCACCGCCGCCGCCGCCGCCGCCGCCGCCGCCGCCGCCGCCGCCGCCGCAACCUCGAGGUCGCCGGAGGAUCUUCCCGCGUCGCCCGGACGGUUGAAUACGCUGCUCCGACGAGGAUUCCGCCGUCGGAGAGAGGAAGGGCUACGGCCGGAGGAGAGCGCGAAAUGCUGGCCAGAAGGGUAGUUUCCGUCGCCAAGGACACGCCGAGAUCGCUGUACUCUAGUUCCGCGCAGCCUUCAAAUGAGGGCAAAAGCGGUUACGCUCGGAAGGCCGUGUCGUUCGUGCUGAUUACUGUGACGGGCGGUGUCGCUUUGAGCGCUCUUGACGAUUUUGCUAUCUACAAUGCCUGUAGCAGUAAAGCUGUGGAUAAAGCAAGUAAGAACAAGGCUAUCAUAGAUGCCAUUGGGGAACCGAUUAAGAAGGGCCCCUGGUACAAUGCAUCUCUAGCAGUUGCUCACCAGAGGCACUCUGUUUCUUGCACAUUUCCUGUAUCUGGUCCGCAAGGCAGCGGAAUCUUCCAGUUGAAGGCAGUCAGAAAUGGAGAUGACACAUGGUUGUCCUUUCUGCGUCCUUGGGAUUGGGAAAUUUUAAUUAUGGAGGCGCUCCUCCAUGUUCCUGAAAAUGAAGAGAAGCAGCGAACUUUUCGCAUAAGUCUGUCGGAUGAUCUUCCUCCUCCGGAUUGUAAUGCAUGCACAAGCUGCUCAACCCCAGGGCAGAAGCAAGUAGAAAUGCAAAAGUCAUCUGUUAGCGGUUGAGAUUGUUGGUUUUGUAUGCAUCACUUCAUAACUUUUCGGGAGGCUUUUGUUUUGCAAAUCGCAUCGGAUUGAUUUGUGUUACAUAAUAUUUUUUUUUUUUGGCUGACUCUAAUAUUUGAUGCAAUAAACUUGGCUGAAAGCCAUCACACUGUUACUGAGAGUUCCUCUGCAAGUCAAUAUAGGCUCAUUUACUUUCUUC